UCGAUCCACGUUAACCAGAGUCGGAAGUAAAAUAGCGGUACCCGGUAGUGAUACAAAAUGCUGCAUAUAUCACGUGGUUUUAUUGAUAGUUUUACGUUGUGUGUGGUAAAUAAAAGCUAAACUUAAACGGCUCCCUAAUCAUCCUCAUCCUGCCCAGCCCAGGCAGUAUUUCUUGUAGAGCUGCUGAGCAAAACAGAAGACACAAAUUGACAUGGCCGCAAAUCCUCCUGCUCAAGGUUUCCAGAACAAAAACCGCGUUGCCAUAUUGGCUGAACUGGAUAAGGAGAAAAGGCGCCUUAUUCAAAACCAGACCAUUAAUCCUGGAGCGAGUAUCCCUUUAUCAAGACCAGCAGUAAAUAAAGACUUCCGAGACCAUGCUGAGCAACAGCAUAUUGCAGCCCAGCAGAAAGCUGCCCUUCAGCAUGCUCACGCUCAUUCUUCCGGAUUCUUCAUCACCCAAGAUUCGUCCUUUGGGAACCUCAUCCUGCCAGUUUUGCCUCGACUAGACCCCGAAGGACAAUGAAGAGUGGGGUGGGAAGGGGGGGGGGGGCGAGGAGAGGUGCUGGGAGAGACUGAGGGAGAGGAUGGGGGGGGGGGGGGGGCUGCUGUUACCAUGUUUCUACGUAUGUGACACGUGUGGAUUACGUUUUGCUUUUGUAAUGUUUUUAUUAAGGCAUAUUCAAUUUAAGAUCAAGUGAACAGUAAGUGUACUACCAAUGCUAUUACAUUUGAACACAGCUUCCAACUGUCAUAUUUUCCCACACACUUAUUAUUCAUUGGUACCGUAUACAUUUAUAAUUUCAUCAUUAAACACCAUUAUAUGUAGGUCAGG